UGCAUGCAUGUUCCCGUCCCCGCCGCAGGCCGCAAUGAUUGAUUGUCUCCUUCCCGCCGUUUCCAAAGAACAAACAACCGCGCCGUGCCCGUUAAACAUACACUUGGACCGCACCCCCAGAUCUCUCCCACCAGCCCACACGCCACCAUUCCCACCAUCUACCUACCACCAACCUACGUUCAGAAUCCGCACAUAUUCAUCCCUCAACCUAUUUCCGGACAAUUCGAAACAUCAUCAUGCCUAAAGUCGUUUGGACUCCCGAGAACGACCGCAAACUCCUGAUCCGCCUCAUCGAGCGCUCAGCGAAGGCGUACGAUACUGUGGAGCUGGCGAAACUGUUUGCUGGUGCCACUCCCAAGGCUAUCGAGGAACGCAUCGCGAAGCUGAAGCGCGAGGCGAAGGCUGCCGAUGGCGGCAGCGGCAGCGGCAAUGGCGGCGGCGGCGGUGGCGGUAAUGGUGUUGGUGUUGGUGGUGGUGGUGGUGGCGGCGGCGGCAACACGGGAUCGGAUACGGCUGCGGACUAUUCCGCUUCUCCGAGUACCUUCCCCAGUGGAAGGAAGAUUGCUGGGAUGAAAAGGAAGCGCACGGACGGCGGAGGAAGUAGGGCAGCAAGAAAGAAGAAGGACAAGCUCAUUAGCGUGGAUGAGGAGGAUGACGAGGAGACCAAGUGCGACAUCACUUCUAUGGGAAUGUUGAAGAUUGAAGACGGCACGUUGGCAACCGCCGACCAAAAGCUGCUUCUCGCGAUCCUAUCCGUGCACAAAGUGACGAUCGACUACGCGUCGGUAUCAGCGAUCGUGGGGUGCACGCCGCGCGCGUGCGAAGAGCGCCUAAAAAAGCUCCGGAAGCUCUCCGGGACCGGGUCUCCAGCGGCAAAGAGGCAGGUGGUCGUCAAGGAUGAGGAGGACCCCAGGAGGCGUGUGGCAAAGACCGAAUUCUCAAUGGCUCGCACCAGGGAGGGCGUCGAGAUUCCGCUCGGCGUGCCGCUCGAGAUCAGUCAGAUGCCCGUGGUCAAUGGAUGGUUUGAGGAGGAGAUUUUGGACCAGGAGAGAUUGUGUGGGAUUUGGGAUGAGUGAGCGGGUUUGAAGGGGGACUAUGCGUCGAUUGGGUGGUGGGUUUACUCGCGGGUGGGUUGGUAAUGGGGGAUAUGUACAAGAUUUCUAGAGGCGGAUUGGAUUG